CAAAAAAAAAAAGCCAAAAAUACAUCAGAACAUCAGCAAAUCGAAUGUCUUUGGAAAUGUCAAAAUUCUUUGCCGGCACACGCGGUGUCGGCAACAAUCUUUACUACGGCCACAUGACGUUGGGCGCCGGCGAGGGCGCCAGCGUCGCAGUGGCAGCUGCGCGUGCACGCUACACAGCGCAACUUCGUCAGCAGCAGCAGCAGCAGAAGCAUCAAGCGGACACGCAAGCGAAUGGCAAGCAGCAGCAUCAGCAGCAGCAGCGACGAACGUUAAGAGCGAACGAAGAGGCAACGCGCAAUCGCAACAACAACAGCAACAACAACAACAAGCGAGUGUUGCAAAGAACGACGCCAGCUUUGGAUAGCGCGGCCACAAGGCGCAUGUUGCUGCCAGCAGCACAACGAAUGCGUGGCGGCAACACACGUGGCGGGAACAGGACAACAGCACUGCAGCUGCCCACGUCGCCCGCUGGCAAAGGCGGCAACAAGGAGCGGCAGCAACUGGAUCUGGUGGCGAAGCCAUUGCUGAGCAAUUAUCGGAGGCGACGCGCUGCUGUGGCUGGCGUGCCAGUUACCAAAUGGUUGCUGCUGCCGCAGCGAAACUUUAAGCAGUGCAGCGAGACUAGCGAGGCCACAGACAGCUCUGAGGAUGGCACCAGCAGCACCAGCACCAGCAACCAGAGCAGCAAGAGCAGGUUGAGUCAGGGCAAACGGACAGUAGCGACGUUGCGUGAAAAAAUCUCUUCCCCUGCAGUUGCCAAGAUAUGUGGCCGAUCACAGCAGCAGCAACAGCAGCAGGAGCAACAACAAAAACCGCAGCAGCAGCAGCAGCAGCAGCAGCCGCAGCCGCAGCCGCAGCAACCUGCCCCAAAGACGUCGCUGUUGCAGGCGGACGACGUAUUGGGAACGGCGUCCGCCGACAACAGUGCAACGUGCAGUGCGGCUCGUUGCACCCAGCGCACGCCGGACAGCCAAAGCAGCAGUCACAGCGAUUAUCAUACGACGUUGACAAACAGCAGCAGCGGCCUGUGGUCUAUGGGUUAUGCGUACGACACGCCCAUUAAGCAGCAUGUGGGCGGCAAUAAGUCGCUGAAGCUUACAUCAACUGUUAUACAAAUUGUCCCAGAGACAACAGCAGCAGCAGCAGCAACAGCAACAAUAGCAGUUGGAGCAAAAGUUAAAGCAGAUAAAGUUAUGCCGCCUGUUAAGCAAUCAGCGCCCAAACAUGCACCAAGCUCACCACAACGUCAACGUCCACAGCAGCAGCAACAGCAAGAACAGCAGCAGCAGCCGCCGCCAAUGAAGCAGCAGCAGCAGCAGUCAGUGAAGCUGCAGCAAAAACUGCCAGUCGCAGCGCCACGAGCAGCAACAAUUGAUGUUAAGCGCACAGCAGCGACCACUAGCAAUGGGGCAAGCGCAGGUGCAACGGCAAUCAGGGCAGCAGCAGUUGCUGGUGCACCCAAAAUUGUGCGCGUGCAACAACAUAAAGUGCCCACAACCAUUGAGGAUGGCAUUGAUGUGAGCUAUCAGAACUUUGUGGAAACACCCGUAGCGCGGGGACGCAAGGCGUUGCAAGUGCGGUACCUCUAUCGACCCAUGGUGCGGCGUCUGAACAACACAAAUGGCACGCGGCAAACGCGACGUGGCAAAAAGAAGCAGCAGCAACAACUGGAAGCAGAGCAAAUGGUGGAGGAACAGUCGGACAGCCAAUCGCUGCAGCACACAGAAACAGAAGCAGAAGCAGCAGCAGCAGCUGAAGAGCAGCAGCAACAGCCAUCUGUGGAGCUCCAUACAGAGCAGGAAACUGAUUACACACCGCCGCCCUUGCUAGUAGAUGCUAAAUAUCUGCCUUUGAUAAAGCAACUCUAUAAGCAUAGCCUUCCACAGCAACAGCAACAGCAGCAGCAGCAGCAGCAACAGCAGCAGCCACAAUUGCUGACUACCUACACCAACAAGCAACCCAACGUCACACGCCUGAAUGUGGCCGAUGGCCUUAACAUUUGCUAUCACACACCCAUACGCGUGUGUGCUGGUGGCGCUGAGACGACACCACAAGCUUCGCCCACCUCGGACCCGCCCGCCAUUGCUGCAGUAACGUACGAGGAUGUAGAGACACAGCUAAGUCAACGCAGCAAAGCGGUAAACUUUAAAUUGGAGCCUGGCUUAAGCAAUAGCUGCAUGAGCUUCAGCCGCGCCCACAUCUAUUCCAUGCUGGCCAAAAAGCCACGCUCCACAUCCUGCAAAAGCAGCAAGAAGAAGCGCAAGUCCAAGGCUCGCGGCAAGAAGCAUUGA